AUGGCUCGUUCUCGCUCUCCAGCAAGACAGCGAGUGGUUCGUGGCGUAGCUGGCAUCGAAGACAUUUUUUUGUCUCCGCUCACGACAGAAGAAAUUCGACGGUGUCGAUGCCUGGAAGCGCAGGGGGAAUGCUGCAGUGUAGAUGAGGCCUUUGCUUCCUCCUCUUCGUCUGUGGAUGACAUUGAGGAGUACAGCCCGUCUGUGCUCGAUGGCGACAGUUCUAGUUCGCAGUCUGCGGGGCAGCCGGGCAUCCCGCCUUACAUCCUUGAGCAGCUGAAGGAGGAGAGUGCUGAACUGGAGGACUUGAGACGCUGUUUCAACAAGAAGCAGCAGAAGUUCCGCUGGGGCGGCUGUCGGUUCCAUGAGCGCAGGAGCCUUCAGCCCCACCUUGUGCAAAGUGGUCUCACCAGAGGACAGCUGUUUCUUCGCUGUGCACAGUUUUGGCCCAGAGGUGAGCAGGCCUGUAAAAGAGCCAAGAUCAACAGACGCAGUGUCACGAUGGUUGGCGGAGACCAACGCUGUGAAAGUCAGGAACUGGGGCUUCAAAAGAUAGCUGCCGCUGUGGUGGCGUAUCAGAAUUUCUACCGCAAUACCGUGUCGCCCAAGGAUCUGUGGAAUCAGGUUUCCUUCUUGGACGCAGACGCCGCUUGA